AGAGAGAAAGCGCAGCUUGGCCGCCAGCGAGCACCGAGCCGGGCUGGGAGGGCAGAUGAUGUGAUGUGAUCCCAUACGGGCGGCCGUCUGCAGCUACGGGCUGACUGGCGCUUAAAAAGCGGCUGUCGACCUCGGCCCUGCUCACUAGUGUUUGCGCGCGGGAGUGUCUGUGGGUGUGUGCGUUCGUGUCGUCGUGGGAGCGGAGGCAUAGAAGCCCGGAGGCUGACUGAAGCGCUCUAUCACAGCAGUGUAUUCACCAGUUGGCCAUGAUGUCAGUGCAAACCCCUCCACUCUCCCGCUCUGGCUCCUCCCCUUCAAAUGUGGGUCUGGCCAAUCGCAGCGGCCCCUCCUCCACCCCGCCCACCUCCCUCAGCCUUCGGUCGUCAUACAACCAGCUGCUUGGGCGUGAUGUCAUCAAGGAAUCCACGGAAACUGGAAGUUCGGCCACUUUGCCAAAGAGCCGUCAGAGGUACGCAAUGACCAGUGUGCGGAGCGCCAUGGGGAUAAGCGACAACUUGGCUUUGUCCUCUAAAAACCAACCUGUGACCAGAGGGAGAGGCCUCCCCACCAAGUCCUCCUCCAGUUCAGCCCUCUACUCCUCCUCUUCCUCCUCCUCACUGUUUAAUGCAGCCAACCCCAAACUGGCCAAGAAUGGGGCCAACAUGCAGAGACGAGCUGAGAGCCAGCAGCUGGAGCUGAGCAGGGCCACUACAGAGGGCAAAAUACACAAUGAUCUCAUCAAUAACCCAGCUUCUGACUGGCUGGAAUUUGGGAAAGACAACUCACAGCAGCCCCUGUUCCGUAGAAGGACCAAGAGCUUCUUGGAGUACCAUGGGAAGGGCUGGGAUCUAGACUUCAGCUGGGGAAACAAGGAGGGCAAGGAGGAGAAGAAGCAGCAGUCUUCUCCAGAAAAGGAGCAGGCUAGCCCUGCCAAGGACAGGGAGAGCCUGAAAGAGGAAAAGCCAAGCAACAAACAGACCUGCCAGGAAGAGAAGGAAGAAGUGGAGCCAGUGGUGGAGGAGGAGGAGGAGGAAGAGGACGAUGACCCCACACCUACCCCAAGACAGCCCCUGUUACCAGUGGUGGUAGAAGCCCCGCUUUCCUCGGCCUCCUCCUCUUCCACCAACAGCCCAGAGUGGGUCCCUGACAACCACAACAACCCCCAGAACCAGUCUCCAGCCCAGGUCAGAGAGGAGCUCUGUGUCCAGGUUCAGGCUAGUCCACGCAGUCCCGCCAAGCCCCCUCGCAGCUCCCAGCCACGGGUGAUCAAGGUGGAGCUGCACCCCAACAAUGAGAAUCAGUUCCUGCAACAGUACCCACCUUCCUCCCCUAAACAGGCCCGGGCUGCAGAGAGGAACACCCCUACCAGUAACCGAGUACCCUCUUCCCUGACAGAUCCAGAACCAGAGAUUGGGCUCCCUAAAGUAGGUUUAAGAAUGGACCUGACUCCUGACACUCCAUCAGAGGAUGAAGACUCCAGCUGGACCACGCUGUCUCAGGAGACCCCAUCUCCUCAGACUCCACAGGAGACAGCAGAUGUAUGGAGGGAAGGGGACCUGCCCCCAGGCUGGCGGGAGAUCUCAGACUCAUCAAAAGUCUAUUUCUGGCAUGUCCCCACUGGCACCACACAGUACCACCGACCUGUUGCCUCUGGCAACCAACACACCUCUCCCAACAAUAAGCCAGACACUGAGCGUGACCUACAAAAGGAAUCACAGGGCUCCCUCAAACCACCCAACGAGCGCCCCAGCAGUCUGAUAUCUGACAGCUCAGUGGAGCCCGUCCCCUCCCCCUCUGGCUCCUCCCCCUCAUCCUCCUCCUCCACCCCGUCAAAUAAUGUCAACUCUUCUGGACCAAAUCUCAACACCACCACCUGCAGAGACAGCGAGCUGAAGGAUUACCCAGUCUAUCCAGAUCCCAGUCUGAAGGCAUUUGAAGGGGCUACCCUCCGCUAUGCUUCACUUAAACUCAACCCUCCAGCGCAGUUAGAGACAGUGGACCUCAACAAUACUUUCUCCAAUCCAGAGGCAAUGUCAUUUCCAGUACGAUCUCUGGGCUGGGUGGAGAUGGCUGAGCAGGACCUGUGCGAGGGGAGAAGUAGUGUGGCCGUCCACCACUGUAUCAGACAGCUGUCCUACUGCAGGAAGGACAUACGAGACUCAGCUGGUGUCUGGGGAGAGGGUAAAGGGAUGCUGCUGGUGCUUCAAGACCGCAUGCUAACCCUGGUUGACCCAGACGAUCGCAGCCUGCUCCACUCUCAGCCAAUCAGCAGCAUCCGUGUUUGGGGCGUCGGCCGAGACCACGACAGGGACUUUGCCUAUGUGGCGAGAGACAAAAACACGCGGGUGCUGAAGUGUCACGUGUUCAGAUGUGAUACUCCUGCCGCAGCCAUCGCCACAAGUCUCCACGAAAUCUGCUCCAAGAUUAUGGCUGAAAGGAAAAGUGCCAAAGCUGCAGCUGGCAGCUCCUCCCAGACCAGCUCUGAUGUACCCCUACAAGAGUUUCCCAUGCCAAAGACUGAGUUGGUGCAGAAAUUUCAUGUGCUGUAUCUGGGUAUGACAUCUGUGACUCGACCUAUAGGUAUGGACAUCAUAAAUGGGGCCAUAGACAGCCUCCUGUCCUCCACAGGAAAAGAGGACUGGACUCCUGUCAUACUGAGUAUUGCUGACACCACUGUGGCUGUGAUCAAAGAAAAGGAAGAGGACGAGGAGGUGUUGGUGGAGUGUCGUGUCCGUUUCCUGUCCUUCAUGGGAGUGGGACGGGAUGUGCACACAUUUGCCUUCAUCAUGGACACUGGGAACCAGCACUUCCAGUGUCAUGUGUUUUGGUGCGACCCCAACGCAGGCUGUGUGUCUGAGGCUGUGCAGGCAGCAUGUGUGUUGCGGUAUCAGAAGUGUCUGGUGGCACGGCCGCCUUGCCAACGCGCUGGUUGCUCCUCCUCGCCGUCUGCAGACUCGGUGACCCGGCGGGUGACCACCAGCGUGAAACGCAGCGUCCAGUCUCUCAUAGACACUCUGAAACCCAAGAAACAGCCGUCGGAACUCCCCCAGCAAUGACCGUCACCAGUGACCACAGCACCCCCCAGCCGAUGCCUGGACGCCACUCACACUUUCGCCACGACAACACCUAAUCAGUACCAGCCAUGGUAACCAAUGAUGUACAUAUAUGUUAACGAACACCACCCCAGAUUAAGGAAAGGAGAGCAAUCCUCAAGACUGCCUGAUGAUUAAAAAAAUAACGAGAAAAUGUAUCUGUUUCAUGAGGAGGAAUGAAAAUGCCGCAGCUUGUUUGCUGCUGUCACUUGGAGUCACUGGUUGAACUUUGAUCUUUGAACACUAAUGUGCUCAACUGGAAACCACCUGCUGGCUUCACUGGUCCUUACUGUAUGUGGAGUUCUGAUCUAGAUGGAUUACUUGAUCAAGCUGUCUACAGACAGGAUACAGGAUUACCCAAAAGAAAAAGAUCAAAUUUGCAGACUGGUUUGUGUAGCCAUUCAUUGGUUUGCUCAGUUUUCUUUCGUUCUCUGUCCCCUUCUGUAAAAUAUAUUCAUCAGCACAUUAAGAGCUCCUGGACUAGAAGGCGGAGAUGCUAAGAUACCGGAGCCUCCCAGUACAGCAAAAGGUGUUGUCUUAAAGUCAAGAAUCUGACAGCCGAAUGAGAAAAGCAAACAUGACCAGACAGACAAGACCUGUCAACAGCCCCCAGCUCCCCACCAAGUGGCAUAAAAAAUAUUUUGAUCCUUAAGAUGUGUGACUCGAAACAGACGAACACAAAACAUCUCCUCUGACAAUGAAUGAAGUGAUUGUAAAUGAUUGUAUGUAAGAAAAGAGAAUUUAGGGCACAAAUCCUGUAGAUAUGAGGGAGGGGUGAGUUGUUGAAGACAGACAAUGCAACAGAUGUGGGUUUUGAUUUUGCAUGUUUUCUUGAUGGGAUGUUUUUUAUGUUGAUGAGUCAAUAAGGGUUUCAGUAAGAAGAGUGGUGAACACACAAGAAAUAGAUGCUCUCAGCACAAGUCAUCUCCACUUGACCAUGACUGGAUUUACACUGGCACAAAAAAACAGGCCUAUUUCUAACCCAUAUCUAAAUAAAAGAUUACUUUCUGCCCCAUUUACAGAACUACAAUCAAAGAUUGUCAUUUAAUAAUUUUUACCUCCCAUUCCUUGAUGAAUGGCUUGUUCAGCAAAAGAAAGGUAACAGUUUUUAAUGUAUUUUGAAGCUUUAAAAUAGUAAUAAUAUAGGUUUUUGCAUACAUUAGAGAAAAAAAUUAGUUUAAAAGCUCAAGAAUGUUACAUUGCUUAUGUUUAAACUUCACAAUUUCCUCAGGAAUCUUUAUGCAUACUCCCAAGACUUAUGUAGUAGCAAGAAAUUCCAGAUCCAGGCUUUGACUUUGACAGAUGUGAUGUGCUCGUGGCUGUAUGAACAGUGGUACACAAUACUGUUUGACCUGCUUGGACAGCAUAGAAAAGAUCAAUUCUGUGCCAUAUAGUAAGGGUUAACUAUAUUUUUUCUUCCUCAGUAAAUCCAGCCAGUCUACUCCCACACUCAAACAAAUAUGCACACCCAAAAAUGCACAUACAGCGGGAAAAAAGUCUGCUGUCACUGCUAUCAAAACCUGUACACUGCUCCUAUGGCUCGGGGCCACCACUUGCACUCGACAUGAACUCUGUGAAUGCAGUCCAAUCUAAAAGAAAAAAAACACAGACACACACACACACACACACAUACACAAACAAACAAACAAAGAGAUGCUGUAUAUCAUUUCAGUUUUGUUCUUCACCCAUCUCUACACCAUGUAAAUGUAAU